CUCUGAAGUAGAUUUUUCUGCAUAAAAUCAGAACCAUACAUUCCAGCAGUUGCAAUCUUUAGCAUCUUUAAGAAUGUUCAAACUUCAUUUUUCUUAAACCUAAGGAGCCAAUCUUGACUUGUUUUAUAGAUGGAGCAAAAGUUGAGAUGGAUUACUAUGUGUUGGGCAUAGCUAGGCAGGUUGUAAUCAUGAUGAUCGCGAUAUCAAUGAUAUUGCUGUUUGUGGGGAUAGGAACUCUGAUCGUGAUUCAUGUCUGUAUCGUUGGGAGAGCUUACAGAAGAGGAAUUGGAACCACUAACAUGGUGGAAAGAGGCAGCUUAGCUAGCAACAGCAUGUCCCAUGAGGAUAUAGAAAAGCUCCCUUCCUAUGCUUUUCAGUCCAAAAAUAAAGGAACUAGUCCAAUUGAAUGUGCAGUUUGUUUGGAUAAUCUCAAGGUGGGUGAAAAGUGCAGAUUGUUGCCUCUGUGCAGUCACAGUUUUCAUGCUGAAUGCAUAGACUUGUGGCUCUUGAAAACCUCCAUUUGUCCAAUUUGCAGAGCUACUGCUGGUGGCUCGAUAUCUGGUGGAGAAAGUAGCCGCUACAGUGAAAGUGGUAGGCAGGAAUUAAACGGGGAAACGGCUGAAUUAGCAGAGACGAUAUUUGCACCAGAGAGCGACAAUCCCAUCAACAGUUCAAGCUUUGAGACGAUAGCAAAUCAUACAGGGAGGACAGCCCAAAACAGUGAGCAAUUGAGUGGAAUUGGUUCAAUAGAUGGCCAAAUUACUAGUGAAGUCUAUGUGAACAUUAGUGAAACAAGUAAUGAUUUGAGAGAGAUCCAAGAAGUUGUGCAUGCAAGUACUGAGAAUUCUACUGAGUUGAGAGCAACCCAACCUAUAGAAACUAUCCAUUUGGUCCAUGAAGAAACACUACAAUCAAGAGAGCCCCAAACUGCUCAAUUAAACUUAGCUGAUCAGAGUUGACAACCAUUUAUAUUGGUCUGUUGCUUCACCCAGAAAAUAUUGUUUGGAAUGUAAACUUAUACGUAUUCUUGUUUCUGAUUUAUAUAAAAAGGCUUGUUGCUUGCA